UGGUAGGCUGUUGUAUUAGUGUGGUGUGUGUGAGUUUGUUGUUUGUUCUUCACGACCACCCCUCACGAGCCAUCCCUAGCUAUCACCUGGCGUUGUUUCGUCGCGAGCUGAGCGUCUUUCUUAUCGUUUUUUAAUAUUCGCAAAGUAAGCGUUGUUCAUUUGGUUGACAUUCCAAUUGCAGGCGCUGCGUUGUAGAACUUCCGCUUUGAUGCGAAGUUUAGCGUUUCGUGGAACUGCACUGACAUUGCUACUAACCGCGACCUUGCUCGUUUGCCGUAGAAACGCUACUCGUUGUUGCUGCAUUGUUAGUUGGUAAGAAGUCGUCAAGGUUGGAGUGGGGGACCCGUUGGGGUGGAUCAGGGGUACACUGUAAUUUGCGUAGUAACAUUUCUCUGUUCGCCAGUUGAAUAAUGGGUGGCUGUAUAAGUCGAGGAUCGAAAUCGGAGGCUCAGAAACGAUUUCAUGUCAAGAACUUGGACGACGACAACCGUAUUGUGGGUGAAGGUGAGCUGGAGGUGACAGAGACUCAUUUAAUUCUAUACUCUAAGAAUCAACCUAUCAAAUGGCCUCUAAAGUAUCUGAGACGCUACGGCUACGAUGACAAUCUUUUCUCGUUUGAGGCUGGACGCAGGUGUCCAACUGGUGAGGGAAUAUACGCUUUCUCUACUCGAAGUGCGGAGGCUAUUUUUAGGUUGGUGGAAACCAACAUCAGAACCGGUAAAUCGAAGAAUCUGAAGGACGAGGAUCCAGAUGGUGCGGCUCCGCAGUCUGGGUCAGUAGCAGCCAGAGUGUCACCUUCACCUCCAGAAGCGGCGUCUUCUUCCUCUAGUGCACCUAUUCAUGCUAACGUGGACUUUCCAGCUUUUGCAUCUCCUAACUCUGGUGUGGGUACAGCAAAGAUUAACUAUGCUGAGUUGGAUCUACCUCCUGCAAACAAAGAAUGGCGGAUAUCUCAAAAUCCAGUUCCUAACAAGAAGGGAUGUGGUUAUGCUACUAUUGACUUUCAAGCAACAGAGGCUGCUAAGAUACCUGAUCAUCGGCCACUGAAUUAUGCUGAAGUUGAUUUUAGAGGGCAAUCUACCAAGUCUUCCAAGCCUACUUCUCAAAUGCCAAAAACAGAGUAUGCCGAAGUAAUUCCUAAUUUGCGACAGAUACAGCCUUCAAAUGGGGUACCAACAGCACCUGUUCAUUAUGCAGAUGUUUCUGUUGUGCGGCCAUUGCCAGAGUCUACUAGACAAGCAAGACAAGAGGAAGUACAGCUAGCAUAUGUUCAACUUGAUUUGCGCAAGCCAGUGACAUCUGGUGGAACUAGUGGAUCAAGUUCUGGUCCGAAUAAGAAACUUUCUGCCUCCGAAGUUCAGUAUUCGUAUACACAGAUUGACUUCACAAAAACGCAAGCUUUGUCUCAAGUUGCUAGUGGAGGAGGUGAAUAUGAAAAUACAUCAAGUCGGCAGACCAGGCACACAUAAAACUUGUCAUGUGUACAGGAUAGUGUUAGUACAGGAGUAAAUUAGUGAUGCUGAUGUCAGUAAUAUGGGAAAUCUAUUGAGUAGCAUGUGCUUGCAAACAUAUAGUUUCAGAGGCUUGUUAGUAUGUACCAAUUUGUAUGCACUCAUCUGUUAGCGAGUGGCUAAAUGAUUCAGGUGUUUCUCUGCUGUGGAGGUGUUUAUCUUAUGUGAUAAUAAUCACUGUGACCUCCCUCAGCUUGUAAUGAACGUUGUGUGUGUGUGUGGAUCACACAUGCCAUGAGUACUGUAUGCAUGCCAGUAUUUAGUGGCGUGAACUGAGAGUACAGUACAUUAAAUAUCAGAAUGUUAGUAACGAGUGAAACCAAGGUGGUGCUGUA